AUGGCCACGGUGGCCGCGGCGGUGGCCCGCGGGGCCGGAGCUAGGGCGGCGGCAGCGGUGGCCCUGCGGGGUGACUGCGGGGCUGCGGCCCGGGGACGGCCGCACGCGGGCCCCGCUCGGCCCUUGUGCACCGCUCCCGGGACCGCGGCGGACAUGAAGCGCUACCUGUGGGAGCGCUACCAGGAGGCGAAGAGAAGCACGCACGAGUUGGUUCCUUCAAUUAUGAACCACCUGCUGAAUCCGGACGCCAUCUUCUCCAACAACGAGAUGAGCCUGUCGGACAUCGAGAUCUAUGGCUUUGAUUACGAUUACACCCUGGUGUUCUAUUCCAAGCAGCUGCACACGCUCAUCUUCAACGCUGCACGGGACCUGCUCAUCAACGAGCACCGGUAUCCUGUGGAAAUCAGAAAGUAUGAGUAUGACCCAAACUUUGCCAUUCGUGGACUGCACUAUGACGUACAGCGGGCAAUAUUGAUGAAGAUUGAUGCUUUUCAUUACAUCCAGCUGGGAACAGUCUACAGGUAAGAGCAGGAAGAGAUAAAGGUAAUCACCUGGCGGUGGUUUUGGGUGUCAGGGGUGAGGAGAGCUGCAGUGUGUGGCCUGUAGUUCCUUCACUCACUCGCUCACUCAUUCAG